GAGUACCACCAAGUACCGCCCCCAGGGAGGAGAGCCCCAGCCCCCCCCCCGGAGCACCCCCAAACGCUCGCCCUGGAGCCCAGGUGGUCGCCGCCGCCGCCAUGGGGCCGGGCGCCGUCGCUGCCGCCGCCCUCCUGACGGCCGCCGCCGCGCUGCUGCCGCUGCCCGCCGAGGCCUACAUCCACGCGGUGCUGGCCCCCAACGCCACCGUGGAGUUCGCCGACCUGCCGGCGCUCUUCGGCGCCCCGCUGCCUCGCCAAGGCCUCCUGGGCUUCGUGGUGGAGGCCCGGCCCAGCAACGCCUGCCGGCCCAUCGCGCCGGCGCCCGGCGCCAACGGCACCGUCUUCAUCGCCCUCGUGCGCCGCUACGACUGCGACUUCGACGUCAAGGUGCUGCACGCGCAGCAGGCCGGCUUCGGCGCCGCCGUGGUGCACAACGUGGACUCGGAGAAGCUGCUCAGCAUGGUCUGGAGCGACGCGCGCCGGCGGGAGCGGAUCGCCAUCCCGGCCGUGUUCGUGGGGCAGCGCGCCGCCGCCCUCCUGCGCCGCACCUUCAGCUACGCCCGCGGGGCCCACGUCGUCCUCGUCCCGACCGUCCUGCCCCUCGGCUACUGCCUGGUGCCCUUGAGCGGCGCCGCGGGCGUCGGCGCGGCCGUCGCGGGCACCGUCCUGGUCGUGCGCUGCCUCCAGCACCGCAAGCGGCUCCGGCAGAACCGGCUCUCGCGGGAGCAGCUCAGCCGGAUCCCGGAGCACCAGUACCGGAAAGGGGACGCGUACGAGGUUUGCGCCAUCUGCCUGGACGAGUACGAGGAGGGCGAGCGGCUGCGGGUGCUGCCCUGCGCCCACGCCUUCCACAGCCGCUGCGUGGACCCCUGGCUGACCCACACCCGCCGCAGCUGCCCCGUGUGCCAGCAGCGGGUGCCGCCGGGCGGGGGGGGCGGCGGCGGCGGCGCCUCCGAGCGCACCCCACUGCUGCCCCCCCAGCCCGUCUGAGCCCCCCCCCCCCCUCCAGCCCGGACGCCGGGGCCCCUCCCGGACACCGGGGCCCCUCUCGGACGCCGGGGCCCCUCUCGGAUGCUCCCCCCAGAUAAAGGCUCGUGGCCAAGGU